UGAUGGGUCCAUCACGUAUAACCUAGCCGGGGUCUUGUCCAGAUUUUCGUUGUUUCGUUGUGUUUGGGAACAAAGCUUGAGGAUACCAGAACAUACAUUGGUGAUUUCGUUUUGCUACCUGCUUUCUUAAAAAACUCCUACCCUGAAGCAACCCACCUACAUCUUGAUCAUAUCCCAUCACAUCCAGCAAGCCACCGUUAACUCGAGCCACGAUAGAUACUGGAUAUCUUAGCAGCUCGGAGGAGAUAUAGUUAACGAUAUGAGCGUCGACAUUCAAGAUGUGGCAGCUGGCAGCGUCGAUCGAAUUACGAGGCUUCUCUCCCGGCGCCCAGAGUAUGGCAUUGCCAUUCCUUCGAGGAGGUGGCUCUCCAGGCAGGAACAGAAGCUGGAGUCUCUCCCGGGAGAGCUGCUCAUGACGUUGAAUCCGCUGAAGCGCCUAUUCCUCAAAAUCGCCGAUCGUAUUGAUCCGAACAUCAUGGACCCGAGAGCCGUUCUCUGUAAGACACACUCGGCCCUGAACCCCUGGCUCAUUCGUCGCUUGUUUUUGGCUGUUGCGUACGAAGUAACUGUCCACAGCGAUGUGCUACGUUCAUGGCCAGGUAGGAAGGACGUUCCGGCUCUCUCCACCUUCGUCGCUCGAGUCGACGCCAUUGCGGCCCUCUGGACCGAGCCCGAACUAUACCACCAGUGCUACGGGGUGCCCCCUUUCGAUAGCCAUAUGGUGUUUGUUAGAUCUGAAUGUGAAGCCUGCAUCUUGAGUGCCGUAGGCGCCAACGCCCGUGCUCUUGCGGACAUACGAUCCAUCCUCGUCGACCGUAUCGAAAGACGCCCGCCCCGUCCCGACGGGCGCCCGAGCAAGCCUCCUAGGCUCCUUCGUUUCGUCGAGACCUGGAUCGACCACCUCAAGCAAGACAGGGCAGCCAGGUGCCGAGCUAUGAGCGAGGAUGUUCUCGCAGAGAUAAAAGUGGUGCGACCGCUACUUAAGCAAUGGAGAGCUCAGCGAAGGGAGCAAAAUGAGCGUAGGGGGCUGACGUAUACCGAGUUGAGAAGAAAUGGCUCCCAACAUCGCUUAAGCAACGUUCCAGGUGAUUCUCUGCGCAAGAGACGGACGAGAAAUGGGAUCCCGGUAGCUAUGAUUGACCGAGAGGACGCGGAAGAGCAAAGGAGGGCCGCGAUGGAUAAUCAUGACGAUGCGGCAACGAGCAUCUAUCGACCAGACAGUAUGAAUGCCUAUUCGCAGGUCGGCCGAAGACAGCAAGCUGCGUACGACCCGGCUGCUGAACUAGCCGAGCUAGAAGCAACUGCCAAUAACGACGACUGGGAUCCGUACGACGACUUCGAGACGGAAGAGGGUGCAGGGCUCCAGCGGGGUAUCGAGGAGGAGGAACGGGGUCGUAGUAAGGUGACCGAAUGGUACGCGACGCGCCUUACGAAGUCUCGCGCAGAUAUGACUCCAGACGACACCAAGUCGGCCCUAUCCAUGGUCCACCCUGCGUUCCAGCCCGCAAAUGACUUCAGCCAUUUGUCUGCUAUGCCUUCGCCGCUCAACGUCCGGAAAGAUCGCGCCCCUACGCAGCCCGGUCCCUCCAACGCAAGUGUCUGGACCGAUGUUUCCGUGCACAGCGAUGGCGCCGGCUCUGUUCACCUCCCGAGAGACGCACCACCCGUACCGAGGGUGCCUUCGAGGUAUAGGGACGCUGAAAGUCGACCGGGGGCGCCGGCGGACAGGACUGCCCGGACUUCUAGGCCAAUGCCUCAAUCUAUUGCAGCUUCUUCGGUAUACUCUGAACAGUGUGCACCGAGCGAGACCGUCACCAGGCGCUCACCCUUGCCGUCACAGAGAUCGUAUCGGCCGUCGCCGCCUACGAAUUCGAGGAACCCGAGCCGAAACUACAUUUUUCACGACGCUUCCGAUUCCGGUUCUGUCGUUUCGGCGCAGCAGAGAAACUAUCUUCGCAGCCGUCAAGGGAUGAGGACAUAUUCACGGGAGAACAACCCAUUCACGGAGGAUAGGGCGGUAAGUAGAACGAGCAGUAGGAGCACUAACAGACGGCAGGCUACCGCCGCUCGAGGUAGUAAGGGGACUGCGACGCGAGUUCCAUCUUUGUCCUCGUCUCACGGAAACACUGUAGCCAGCUCCGUGCCCUCGACCCCGGGGUGUUCUCAGCGCGUCACAGCCCAGGCUCCAGCUUUCCGGGAGGAGGAGGAGUGGCGGCGGAGCUGGGGUGUACAUGCCGAGACCGACGACGAUGACGACGGCGUUGGCCCUGACGAUUCGCUGAGCAACGCUGCGUGGCGGGAGCUUGGGCCCAGCGCGCGGGAGAGGCUGGAGAAUAUUACGCCCUGGGCCAGUUUCGCUAAGUUGCCACCACAAGGAUGAGGGCGGGAAGAGUCGCACAUGCGAUCGCUCGAACUCGAACUAGAGGCUCAAGUAAGGUAGGUGGAAUUUUCUUCUCUAUAUUUCCAAUAGACUUCCAUCCAUUCAGUAGAUUCGUAGUUCUAUUUCGUAUCGCUCAUACGAUCGACUCUUAUUCACGCCAUGCUGAUGAAGACGCAAAUUCCCCUGAUGGGGAUGACAUGUGCUUGACAAGCAGCGAAUGCUUCAUAAUACUUCUCAACGAUAGUACCGUGGAUUCUGAAAGCCGUCUAAGACUACUCUCGCUAUUCGUAUCCGGCGAUGUGGUCCUUAGAUACAAGCCUACGGGUGGUUGACUCACCACUCUAGGAGCGAUGUAUAGACACGGCGCGAUUGCCGGAGAGUCCGACAGCUAUGAAUCUCUUUAGGCUAGUCGACGAGGCUUGUAAGGUGCUCAUGUUCUGACUUUACCGCAUCCCAUCAAGCUUUAUUGCCUUUCCUGUGGGUUUUGCCUGAUGUCUCCAAACAUACCCUUCCGGACCAAGUCUAUGGCUUGGGUUUUGCAAGUGGUCUUCUAACGCGGACAAAGGCCGGCGUUUCGCCAGCGACGCGAUCCUACAAAGCAGCUGCUGGCCUGUAGCUGCGGCUAUCCAACACUUACUCUCUUAUUAUUCUUUCCCCAAUGCGUGGAUAGGUAGGUAGGUAUCUACUAUCAAAAGACAAGUA